AACGGAGCAAUGGAUUCACGUUAGUUCGAUCGCCAUCCAUCAAGUGGCGCGGCCGCACACACUUCGAGUUAUUAGUAAUUUAAAAUGCCGCCUGUUGCUGUGCCCAAUGAGGCACCAAAGAAGCAACUUCGAGUUGCAAUCAUCGGUCAGAGCACAUUCGCUGCGGAAGUAUUUAAAUUGCUACAAAAAGACGGACAUGAAGUGGUCGGUGUAUUCACAGUACUGGACAAAGGCAAUAGAGAGGAUCCACUUGCAACAAUUGCGGCACAAUCCGGGAAGCCAGUGUUCAAAUACAAGACAUGGAGGAUCAAAGGGAAGGUCAUACCUGAAGUAUUGGAAGAAUAUAAAUCUGUUAACGCCGAUAUCAAUGUGUUACCUUUCUGCUCACAAUUCAUCCCCAUGGAGGUGAUAAUGCACCCCAAGUAUCAAAGCAUCUGCUACCAUCCCAGCAUCCUGCCCAGACAUAGAGGAGCGUCGUCGAUAAAUUGGACAUUAAUAGAGGGCGACACGACUUGCGGUCUGUCAAUCUUCUGGGCUGAUGAUGGACUUGACACAGGACCAAUACUGCUGCAGAAGUCAUUCCCUGCCACCAUCGAUGACACCGUUGACACACUCUAUAAUAAAUAUUUGUACCCUGAAGGUAUCAAGGCGCUGGCGGAGUCAGUGAACAUGGUGGCGAAUGGCACCGCGCCCAGGAUACUGCAGACUGAGGACGGCGCCACCUACGACCCCGCGCUCUUCAAACCUGACACACAUAAGAUUGAUUGGUCAAAAGGUGGUAUAGCAUUGCAUAACUUCAUCCGUGGUCUGGACUCGUCUCCCGGAGCUACCACAUUCAUCAAACCACAGACCAAAGAGGGCAUUGUUGAGGGCAGUGAAGCUGAUGUGGAAGUCAAGUUCUUCGGCUCCACUCUCUGGCAGGCGGAGUACGAGGCUGAGGGUGAACAGCUGCUCAUACCCGGUCUUGACACACCCGCUGUCAUACACGAGGCUGGACUUCUUAUCACUGCUAAUGAUGGAGUUAAGUUAAACGUUCAAAGAUUGAAAGUGAACGGCAAAAUGAUAAAUGCGCAAAAUUUCUUCAAAGCGAACGAAUCGAAAGUAACAUUGGAAUUAACAGCGGAAGAGAAACAAUUCGUAGAAGGUGCUCGUGACAUAUGGAAGGCGAUAUUGACAAUUGACAUUGAAAAUGACACGGAUUUCUUCGCGUCAGGAGCUGGAUCUAUGGAUGUUGUCAGACUUGUUGAAGAAAUCAAAGAUUUAGCACAAAUUGAAUUGCAAAAUGAAGAUAUUUAUAUGAAUACGACAUUUGAAGAGUUCUCUCAAAUCGCAGUUAUGAAAUCUAGAGGUGGUUCUGGUGCAGCGGAUAUUGUUUACGAUGGUGUUGAAAUGGAUGUCAAUAAAAUGAAAAUUAAAUUCCCAACACAAUUAUUUAUAAAUGGUGAGUUUAUUGACUCUGAUAGUGGCAAGUUUUUGACUAUUGUGAACCCGUCAGAUGAGUCAGUUAUAUGCAAGGUUCAGAGCGCCUCAGUUAGUGAUGUUGAUAAGGCAGUUAAAGCUGCCAAAGUCGCCUUCGAGGAAGGGGAAUGGUCUAAGAUAAGUGCCAGAGAACGAGGACAGCUGCUCUUCAAAUUAGCUGACUUGAUGGAACAGCACAAAGAAGAACUAGCCACCAUAGAAUCAAUCGACUCCGGCGCAGUUUACACUCUAGCUUUGAAGACGCACAUCGGCAUGUCUAUAGACACAUGGCGGUACUUCGCGGGCUGGUGCGACAAGAUCCAAGGCUCCACAAUCCCCGUCAGCCACGCGAGACCCAACAGGAACCUCACCCUCACCAGACGAGAACCCAUCGGCGUCUGCGCGCUCAUCACACCCUGGAACUAUCCCCUCAUGAUGCUCUCAUGGAAGAUGGCGGCCUGUCUCGCAGCUGGCAAUACUGUCGUUAUGAAACCCGCUGCGGUGUGUCCGCUGACCGCGCUGAAGUUCGCUGAGCUGUGUGCACGCGCCGGCAUCCCGCGCGGCGUCGUGAACAUCCUGCCGGGCAGCGGCGCGCUCUGCGGACAGGCGCUCGCUGACCAUCCCCUGGUCAGGAAGCUCGGCUUCACCGGCAGCACUGAGAUAGGUCAGACAAUAAUGAAGUCGUGCGCUGUGUCCAACAUGAAGAAAGUGUCGCUGGAGCUGGGCGGCAAGUCGCCGCUUAUUAUAUUUGAGGAUUGCGACCUAGACAAAGCCGUGAGAAAUGGUAUGGCGGCAGUGUUCUUCAACAAGGGUGAGAACUGCAUAGCAGCAGGCCGGCUGUUCGUAGAGGAGCGCAUUCACGACGACUUUGUACGCAGAGUGGUCGCUGAGACAAAGAAGAUGGCCAUCGGUGACCCUCUGCAUCGCGGCACCUCACACGGACCUCAGAACCACAAGGCGCACAUGGAUAAACUUAUUGAAUUCUGUGAGCGCGGAGUGAAGGAGGGCGCGACGCUGGUGUACGGCGGAGGACGUGUCGACCGAAAGGGCUUCUACUUCACGCCCACUGUGUUCACAGACGUGCAGGAUCAUAUGUACAUCGCUAAAGAGGAAUCCUUCGGCCCCAUCAUGAUCAUCAGCAAGUUUAGUAGCAAGAACAUAGAUGACGUGAUCCGACGUGCUAACGGCACUGAGUACGGUCUGGCGAGCGGCGUGUUCACUCGUGACGUGUCGCGCGCGCUGGCGGCCGCAGAGCGCGUCGACGCCGGCACUGUCUUCAUCAAUACAUACAACAAGACAGACGUCGCUGCGCCUUUCGGUGGCUUCAAGCAAUCCGGCUUCGGCAAGGAUCUCGGUCAAGAAGCUCUCAACGAGUACCUAAAGACGAAAUGCAUCACCAUUGAAUAUUAAAUUAAGAACAUUUUGUUUUUAUAUUGAAUUAUGUUAUUUUUUACAUGUUGUAUAUAUUAUGUAUAAAAUAUUUGGUUAUGAAUCAAUGAUGUUUUGUAUGACUGAAAAAUCUUUAGUAACUUUUUCCACUUGCAACACUGUCGCUUGACUAGACGCUCUGUGGAAAUAGAUACUAGAUUUAUUGCAUAAUAAAUAUAUUUUUUAUUACAA